AAGAGCCAACGGGAAUCCCACAAUGCCAGGCGAGGGACCUCCUGUCGGAGAGUGAAGCUCCGCUGGUUUCAAUGAAAGAGGGGGAGAAGAGUAAUGCAGAGGGAUGUAAGAUGGCAGAGCUACAAAUGUUGUUAGAGGAAGAAAUCCCGGCUGGAAAAAGAGCCCUUGUGGAGAGCUACCAAAACCUUUCGAGGGUCGCGGAAUAUUGCGAGAACAAUUAUGUGCAGGCACAAGACAAGAGGAAAGCCCUCGAGGAGACCAAAGCCUACACCACCCAGUCCCUGGCGAGUGUGGCCUAUCAGAUCAAUGCCUUAGCCAACAAUGUGCUGCAGCUGUUGGAUAUUCAGGCUUCACAGCUGCGCAGGAUGGAGUCCUCCAUCAACCACAUCUCUCAGACUGUGGACAUUCAUAAAGAAAAAGUUGCCAGACGAGAGAUCGGGAUCCUCACCACCAACAAAAACACAUCUCGGACCCACAAGAUCAUCGCCCCCGGGAACAUGGAGCGACCCGUGCGCUACAUCAGGAAGCCCAUAGAUUACACCCUGCUGGAUGAUGUGGGUCACGGUGUUAAACAAGGGAAUAACCAGCCAGCUCGUGGAGGUGGAGGAACAUUAUCCAGGACUAACCCACCCACACAAAAGCCCCCAAGCCCACCCAUGGCAGGGAGAGGUACCCUGGGACGAAACACACCAUAUAAAACACUCGAGCCAGUCAAACCUCCUGUGGUGCCUAAUGACUACAUGACCAGUCCAGCACGUCUGGGCAGCCAGAACAGCCCAGGACGCACUGCCUCGCUCAAUCAGAGACCCCGAACGCACAGUGGCAGCAGUGGAGGCAGCGGUGGUCGAGAGAACAGCAGUAAUAGUAUGGGAAUCCCUUUGGCUGUGCCAACACCCUCCCCUCCCAGCAUGGCACCAGUAGUUCCUCCAGGUCCAGGUUUGGGCCCAAUCCCGAUGUCUCAGUUUGGAACGAUCUCCCGGCAGAUCUCCAGACACAAUUCCUCCACCACUUCUUCCUCCGCCUCUAUGGUGUCAGCCACCGGCACCUACCGGCGCGCCCCUGCCAGCUCCUCGCAGUUCUCUGUGCCUCAACCCCACCUGAACGGGGGUCCCACAUACCCCCAGAACACAAUGUCUGUCGCUCCACCACCUCCUCCCAUGGCGCAGCUGACGCCCCAGAUUCCUCUCACUGGCUUUGUGGCCAGAGUUCAGGAGAACAUAACAGACAGCCCGUCUCCACCCCCUCCUCCUCUACCUGAGGACACACCCAUGUUUGAAGAAGCUGCUCCGCCCCCUCCACCUCCACCUGUGGAUUAUGAUGAAGAAGAUGCAGCUCUGGUGCACUACAAUGACCCCUAUGCUGAUGGAGACCCCCACUGGGCCCCAAAAUCCUACAUAGAGAAAGUGGUAGCCAUCUAUGACUACACAAAGGACAAAGAUGAUGAGCUGUCCUUCAUGGAGGGUGCCAUCAUCUACAUCAUCAAGAAAAAUGAUGAUGGCUGGUUCGAGGGCGUGUGUAAUGGUGUGACCGGACUGUUUCCUGGCAACUACGUCGAAUCCAUCAUGCACUACGCUGACUAAUGCUAAAUCCCAGACACAACAUACAAUGCAGCCAAUCAGUUACAAACAUUGCAAAGUGCAUUAGGAUAUGACUGAAUGUUUGUUUUCGUCCAAUCGCCAAUGUAUCCAAGCAUCUGCAGUGCUCACUCUUUGAGGAGACAGGGCUUGUAUCGCCUCAACCAAGAAUAUGAAAAGAAACAAGUCUCAGUGCUUUCUGGUUAGGUUGCCUCAUGUAUUUUGUACAUAUAUUACAGUGAGACGUUGCCUGUAGGCUGUUGCUAGUGUUUGUUUUUGUGCGUGUUUUGUCAUUGUAUAGAGACCCGUAUUUGCCAAGUGUCAGCUAGGGUUAGUUAGUUUUGUUUUUCCCAAAAACCUUUUUCUUUUUUUUUCUUUUUUAAACUGUCAAGCUCUUCCUUUACGUGAGGAAGAAUUGUUUGAAUGUCAUUAUUAUGCCUGGAAAAUGAUUAGGCAACAAUAUAAAAAAGACAAUUACGCCUACCUACAUUUCGCCUUCAGGAUUUGCUAAUAUUUUCUAUAAUUUUACCUCAUGACUGUAAGGUGAGGGAAAAGACAGAUGCAGUAAUGAACCUGUCAAGAACAUGUCCACACUUUAUACAUUUCACCUCAAAACGAAAAAAGAAAUGCUAAUAACAAAUUAUAUUUUGCCUCCUAGAUAAUGAUGCCUUUUUUUUUUGCAUUUCAGCAUUAAUUUUUCCCAAAAUUCUACUUACCAUAAUGCAAAAAAAGUCUCAUCUCAUUGCUGUAAUGUUACAAAAUAAUAUAUUAUUUAAAUAGUUUGUCUGCAUUAUGGUAGUCUUUCUUCUACUGCCAUUAAUUUAUGCUGAUUUAAGUAUAAAAAUAUGUAUUUACAGUAAUGAUAAUCAAUAAUGGAAAUUAUAAAAAAAAAAAAAAAUAAAAAAAGUAAACUGCCUAAAUUACAUGCAAAAAUUCUUGAUGGUCCUACAGGCUUCGUUUCCUUUAUGCAAAACAAUUUUUUCUUCUUUUGUGACCUAGACAUGUUUUCAUGAGAUUCACCCAUAUACUGUGAUUUUUAAACUGUGCCAAGCUGGUCUUUGAUGGUGUUUUUGUUAAAACUGCUGAAGUAUCGUGAACUUUAUUAUGUUGCACUGAGCGGGCGACGCUGGCUCACUAGCUGAACCAGUCUCUAGCAUUGCCCACGGAUUCAGAUUUCUUACAAAAAGUAGCAAAAUCAGUUUUUGUCAUUGUAUAUUUCAUGUAGGGGAACCAUGCAAAGCUGAAUUUGUCUUUCUGUUUUGACCAGUUUUGCUGAGUUUAGAUGAUAAUCCAUAGAUUUCAUGGGGGGGGGAAUCAAGUUUAGUGUAUAGUACUGAUGAAUGUGAGCUCAUAACUGUUAGCAUGGCACAAACAUCAAGAUGAUUCUGGUUUCUGGUUUUUAGAAGC